AUGGAGAACAUCGACGAAUUCUCACCGGAAUGUUCACCGGAAAAUGUUUCAGCACCUCCUUCACCACCUCCUCCUCCUCCUCCUAAGUCGAAGAAGUCAACGGAUCUGUUUCUGCAAAAAUGCCAUAGCUUUGUAUCUACAGCUACAAGAGAUUCAUGGGAUCGUAUGUUCGACGAAGCUCAUGGAGCUGAUGUUUUGAUUCACACAGAUGACAAUGGUUUGAUCUACGCACAUUCUAACGUCAUCGGAAUGGCUUCAGAUGUAAUCAGAGGAAUGAUGAAGCAAGAUAAGAGAAAACCUCAUCGCAAAUCAAUCUCGAUCCUCGGCGUUCCUCACGACGCUGUUCGAGUUUUCAUUCGAUUCUUGUACUCUUCUUGCUACGAGAAACAAGACAUGGAAGACUUCGCAUUUCAUCUUCUUGUGCUAUCACACGUCUACGUGGUUCCGCAUUUGAAACGAUUAUGCGAAUCGCAGUUCGAAAACGCUCUUCUCAACAAAGAAAACGUUAUCGACGUGUUUCAGCUAGCUCUUCUCUGCGACGCUCCUCGUCUCAGUCUUAUCUGUCACAGAAUGAUACUAAAGAGCUUCGAAGAAGUUUCUACUUCCCAAGGAUGGGAAGCAAUGAAACAAAGCCAUCCUAGUCUCCAGAAAGAGCUCUUACGCUCUGUCGCUUACGAGCAAAAAAGCUUGAAGCAAAGAAGCAGGAAACAGAAAGAGAUACAGACAUACACUCAGCUGUAUGAGGCAAUGGAGGCUUUUGUUCACAUAUGUAGAGAUGGAUGCAGAGAAAUCGGUCCAACGAAGGUCGAAACCCCUCAUGUCUCGUGCGUGUUUCAAGCGUGCAACGGGUUAGAGAAGCUGCUGAAACAUUUGGCGGGAUGCAAACUGAGAUCGAUCCCUGGUGGUUGCAGCCGUUGUAAGAGAAUGUGGCAGCUUCUUGAGCUUCAUUCGCGUAUCUGCGUUGACUCGGAACAAUGCAGAGUCCCUCUUUGUGGUAACUUCAAGGAGAGGAUGAAGACACAGAGCAGGAAAGACGAGAAAAGAUGGAAACUUUUGGUGAAGAAUGUGUUGAGCACCAAGAAAAUUGGAGGAUCACCAUUCUUUUUGCAAGCAAUCGAUGUUACUUUGUGA